UGGCAAAAAUUUCUUAUUACGCUUAUAGGAAUAUUUUUCAGCAGAAAUUGGUCACUCUGUGUUAUUUGUGAAACAUGCCUGUAAAAUGGCGACGUUUAUCGAAUGUUUACGCGGGAAUGAUGAUAUUCUGUUACAAAUGUGUUUCUAACAAGUUAGGAUGUGUCAAGUGAUAUAAAAUUACUUUUAAAUGCAAAUAUGAAGAAAGCUCAAUUGUCGCGUAAAAAGUCUUCUAUUGCGAAUGACAUGAAACACUCUCAGGCGAAGAUAACAUCAUUCUUCACAAAAGCUCCAAAGCCUGACACAAACAACAUAAAUAAGGCUGUAUCAAGUGGAAAAUCUUUAUCUCAAAUCUGUAGCAUUGAUAAGAAAAGAAAGGAAAGGAGCAACUCAUCGGAAGAAGAACUAUAUACAAACAUUAAGAAGAAAUGUAUAGCUGAUGUUAGUGUCAUAGAACCAACAAGUAUCAAGUCAUGUAAGGAUUCAAUAUUAUCAUUUGUGACUAAAGAUUUAGAGAACACACAUAGAAAUUUCAAAGAGAAUAAGACGAUACGCCAUAAUGCUCAAAAGCUUAAUAGAAAGGAAAUUGAUGAUAAGUUGGCAGUAAAAACAGAGCACAAUGAAACCGUCGUACAAAAUUCCACCAGGUCUGAUAUUUCAGAAUGCAAUAAUGCUCAUGUUCUUAAAGACCGCAAUACCGUUGCUCAAAAGCCGUCCUUACCUCCUGCAAAAACACACAGUAAAACGGAACUUGAUGAUUCGAAGAAAGUGGAAUCUCUCGAAGAGUUUUCCGCGUUUAAAGAAGACGACUUCGGCGAUCUCUUCGAUCAGGAAUGGCGUACGGACGUGCGAAUUAAUUUCACCUGUCUGCAAAGGUGCAAGAUAAUCGACGUGAAGCAAGAGCCGAGAGUCAUGACAUUAACGGCGCGACACGUCGAGUCGGAAGCCGUUGAUACGGUUGCAUGUUCAGGAUUUUGGAGGGAUACUCAGGUGAAGGUCGACGACAUCGUCAUGAUACAAGCUAAGAAAGAGCCGCAGCAGUGGGUGAUUGACAACAAUAACGGGUUUCUCGUUACGCAGCCGGACAGAUUAAUAUCGGGCACUACGAUAACGAGCGGGUUGUUUUGCAACAGACGAGCGGUGUUAGCGGAGAAGUUCAGGAAGAUAGAAUCGCUACCGUGUCAGGACGCCGAUUACUCCGUGAUGACUGUAGGAUCGUUGGUCCACCAGUGGCUGCAGAAGGCCUUGCGGGAAGACGUGCAGGAAUUGUCCAACCUGAUCAUGUUGCUGGAGGACAUGCUGCGCUCGAGAGAUACGAUAGAGUAUCUCUACGCGUCGGAGAUGUCGCUGAACGACUGCCGGGCACGUAUGAUGGAGUACGCGCCGAGGAUAUUCGAGUUCAUCCAGCACUACAUCAAGGGCAAGACGCAGCGGCGCAUAAACGACCUGAGGGAGAAUUUUCAAGGCAGCAUAUGCGGCGUACGGGACAUCGAGGAAAACGUCUUCGUACCGCAGCUAGGAGUAAAGGGAAGGAUAGACGUGACAGCGGAGGUGAGCAUCCACUCAAGACGGAAGAUCAUGCCGCUGGAAGUGAAGACCGGGAGGGCCUCGUACUCGUUGGAGCACAAGGCCCAAGUUAUCCUCUACCUCAUGAUGAUGAGCGCGAGAGACGAGGGGAUCGACACCGGCCUGUUGUUGUAUCUCAGGGAGAACUCCAUGAGGGAAGUGAAGGGCAGCCAUCACGAGAAGAGGGACUUGCUGAUGCUGCGGAACAAAUUAGCGCAUUACUUCGCCAAACAACCGGAGGCGCGCACGGACGCCUUGAAGACGAUGGAGCUGCCGGAGCCGAUAAACCAUCCCACCGCGUGCUCGCGAUGCCCUUACAAGGCCGUGUGCUGCGCUCACCUCUCGAAGGAUCCCGCUACGAAUCUGCCGCCGUCGCAUCCGCUGACCACGCUCGUGAAGAAGCUGUUGAACGACUUCGAGUCUAGUCACCUGGAUUACGUUAUAAGGUGGAUCGCGCUGUUACAGCUGAUGGGGAGCUCCGACAGCGACAGCUUGUCGAGCAGCUUGUGGACAGUGAGUCCCGAGAAGAGAGAGGCCAAGGGCACCUGCAUCAGCAACCUGAAGGUCAUCGGGAAGGUGGCGGAGCAGGGCGACAGGUAUGAGCACACGUUCGCGCGCGUCGACAUCACCGGUGAAACCGUGGAGAACGUGUUCACCGAGAACAGUUACAUCGUCGUGAGCACGGACGCGCGAGUGAACGUGACCACCGGGGUCAUAUCACGGAUCUCGAACGACACUGUCUCGGCCCUGCUGGACAAGGACGUCUCGCGCGGGGAGGACGCGAUCUUCCACAUCGACGAGCACCCUUACACGGCGGGAUCCGCGUUCGAUUACGCGAACGUGGCCGGUCUGCUGAGCUCCGAGGAGGCGAACGCGAGGCUGCGGCGCAUCGUCGUCGAGCGAACACCGGCGACAUUCGCCAAGAGCCUGCCGCGCUCGACUGUGUCGGCCAGCACCGAGCUGAUACGCGAGCUCAACGAGGACCAGCAGAGGGCCGUGCUGCGAGCCGUUGCGGCUAACGAGUACGUCCUGGUGAAGGGCAUGCCGGGUACGGGCAAGACCCAGACACUGGUGGUGCUGAUAGAGCUGCUGCUGAAGCUAGGCCUCACGGUGCUGAUCACCGCGCACACCCACAGCGCGCUCGACAACGUCCUGCUGAAGCUGCUGGACCGGGACGUCGACUUCCUCCGUCUGGGCGCGACCAAGCAGGUCCAUCCGCUGCUGACGUCUAAGUCGGAGGAAUACGCGACCAAGUGCUGCGACACGCCGGAGAGCCUGGAGGCGCUCUACAACGACAAACGCGUGGUCGGCGUGACGUGUUACGGCGCGUAUCACCCGCUCCUGCGUAGGCGCUCGUUCGACGUGUGCGUGGUGGACGAGAGCACGCAGGUGAUGCAGCCCACAGUGCUGCGACCGUUGUACAGCGCGCGCCGCUUCGUCCUCGUGGGCGACCCCGAUCAGCUGCCGCCUGUCGUCAAGAAUCGCGCGGCCGUCAAGCUCGGCGCGGCGCAGUCGUUGUUCGUGCGGCUGGACAACGAGAACAACACGGUCAACCUGACCAGGCAAUACAGGAUGAACGGGCGGAUCAUGAAGCUGGCCAACGACAUCGCGUACCGCGGUAAGCUGGUACCGGGCAACAAGCAGGUGGAGAACGCGACUCUGAUCGGCGCGGAGGUACUCUCGUCCUGCGAGAGCUGGCCGAGGAGAGCGCUCUCCGGACGGCUGGACGACUCGGUAAUGGUCUUGGACACCGGUAGCACUUGCAAGUUGCACGAGAGUGAUGCCGGCGUUACGUCGGAUCAGGUCUACUCCAACGUCUGGGAAGCCGCGAUAGUGGCUCACCUGGUGCGGCUGCUCGUCAAAGUGGGUGUGUAUGCUAGAAACAUAGGGAUCAUCGCGCCGUACAACGCUCAUGUGACCCUCCUGAGGAAAAUUAUUAAUGACAGAGAGGUGGAGGUGAACACCGUGGACCGGUAUCAGGGACGCGACAAGGACGUCAUAUUGUACACGUGUGCGAGGAGCGUGGAGCACAAAGAGAAAAAGGAGCUCGAGAUAUUGGACGAUCAACGACGCUUGACAGUGGCCGUUACUCGCGCGAAGCACAAGCUGAUCAUCAUCGCCGAUAAAGUCACUGUCAUGAGGUACACGCCGUUUAAAAGUCUGUUCGACGCCAUCGACGAGGAGAACGUGAUUCGUCUGCACGAAGGAGAAUUCAACUGGAAGAGCUUCGUUCGCUCUGUACUCUAGAGUUGACGUUGAUUGUGAUUAAUGGUCGAAAGACC